UCAGAGAUCGUUGAAUCAAACCCCAUUCACAAAAUGGUUCAAUUUCGAACAAUAAUAACAGCAAAAUGUCGAAGCAAGUCCUAGAAUCUCCAUAUACAAAACCCUCAAUUUCAUCUAAUUACAGAAAUACUUCCAGAUCUCAUCAACCUCUGACGACGCCGAUCUGAUCUCCGAUCUCGGAAUCCGAAACCCUAAGCUCGAUGGCUGGGGCUGCCUCCGCACUUUUUCUUCUCGACAUCAAGGGCCGCGUUCUGGUCUGGCGCGAUUACCGUGGUGAUGUCUCAGCUGUUCAAGCUGAAAAAUUCUUCACCAAGCUCAUCGAAAAAGAGGGUGAUCCUGAGUCUCAAGAUCCAGUUGUGUAUGAUAAUGGCGUCACAUAUAUGUUUAUACAGCACAACAAUUUAUUUCUAAUGACCGCAUCGAGACAGAACUGCAAUGCCGCCAGCCUUCUUCUAUUCCUACACCGUGUAGUUGAUGUCUUUAAGCAUUACUUUGAAGAGUUAGAAGAAGAAUCACUUAGAGAUAAUUUUGUGGUAGUGUAUGAAUUACUUGAUGAAAUGAUGGACUUUGGUUACCCUCAAUAUACUGAAGCAAAGAUUCUUAGUGAGUUUAUCAAGACUGAUGCUUACAGAAUGGAAGUUGCACAGAGGCCUCCGAUGGCUGUGACAAAUGCAGUGUCAUGGCGCAGUGAGGGGAUACGUUACAAGAAGAAUGAAGUAUUUCUAGAUGUUGUGGAGAGUGUUAAUAUGCUCGUCAACAGCAAUGGGCAAAUUAUUAGGUCAGACGUAGUUGGGGCAUUAAAGAUGCGAACAUAUUUGAGUGGUAUGCCUGAGUGUAAGCUUGGGCUGAAUGAUAGAGUGUUACUGGAGGCACAGGGACGAUCAACUAAGGGAAAAGCCAUUGAUCUAGAUGACAUAAAAUUUCAUCAGUGUGUUCGUUUGACUCGCUUCGAAAAUGAUCGAACAAUAUCAUUUAUUCCUCCUGAUGGUUCUUUUGAUCUCAUGACAUAUAGACUCAGUACUCAGGUAAAGCCUCUUAUAUGGGUGGAAGCACAAGUUGAAAGACAUUCUAGAAGCCGUAUGGAGAUAAUGGUAAAAGCUCGGAGUCAGUUCAAGGAGCGCAGCACUGCAACAAAUGUUGAAAUUGAGUUGCCUGUGCCAUCAGAUGCUACCAAUCCAAAUAUUCGGACAUCGAUGGGAUCUGCUGGUUAUGCUCCCGAAAAAGAUGCAUUGAUGUGGAAAAUAAAAUCUUUUCCUGGUGGCAAGGAAUAUAUGUUGAGAGCAGAGUUCACCCUUCCCAGCAUAACUGAUGAAGAAGCAGCUCCUGAGAGAAAAGCACCCAUACGUGUGAAGUUUGAGAUACCAUAUUUUACUGUUUCAGGAAUACAGGUUCGUUACCUGAAGAUCAUUGAGAAAAGUGGUUACCAGGCUCUUCCCUGGGUGAGAUACAUAACAAUGGCCGGUGAAUAUGAAUUGAGGCUUAUCUGAAAGCCACACACAUAUAUAUGUUGAUUUUCCAAUUUCAACAACUUCGUUUAUCGGCUCAGCUUUACUUACGACCUGAACUAGAUAAAUUGGGGAGCCUUAUUGGGAAUUAAUUGUACCUAUUCAGGAUGGUGGUGGUUGAUCAAAUGUAUCUUCCUUUGGUCAUUUUUGGUUUGAUCGCAUCAUUGUUGUUUUUUGAACAGAGGUUUGUAGUGGUCUUUACUUGCAACGUUAUUUUGCACGCUGGCUAAAACUUGCAUCUUUUUUUGUUGGCGAAAUAAAUAGUUGCUUAAGAAUUUUGUUGGAA